CGCACUCACUUCCGGUUGGCUGGGCAGCAUGGCGCUGCAGGGUGACGAUGAACCUUGGUCACCCCCCUCUGAGGCAGACAUGAAGAUUUUGCGCGCCAGGCGUGAACGCCAGGACCGCAUCAGCCGCCUCAUGGGCGACUACCUGCUGAAGGGGUACAGAAUGCUGGCAGAGUGCUGUGAGGCGUGUGGGACCGUCCUGUUACAAGACAAGCAGAAGAAGCUGCUGUGUGUGUCCUGCCAGGAGCUCGACUCAGACACAGAGAAAGAUAACCCAGUCCUUAAUCCCCAGGCUGCUCUGUCACAAGUGCGAGAGCAUCGACUGUCUCUUCAGCCCUGUCAAGAUCGCUCUCCUCCCCGGGAAGUCCAGGCUCCUUCAGUAUCAAGGGCCACAUCGGAGCCUCCCACAACCACCUCCUGCUCGGGAACCUCUAAUGGUGAUGCCAUCCAGUCUGCUGAGAGCGCCGUGCUGGAGAAGAUGAGCUGGGCGUCUCAGCAGCUACAAGGUUCCUGCUCAGUGGAGUACAGUUCCCAGCUGUGUGCUCUUAUUGGGUCCUGCGCCCAGAGCCUGCGCCACCUCAAAGACCUUCAGCACUGAAAUCCCAAAUUACUUCCUAAAACUUUUUUUUUCCUGUUCAGGCAUUUUGAUUUGUGUUGGAUUCGUUAUUUUGGCUGUUAAUUAUAUAACUAUAAAGGAAUAAAUAUGUUGUUUGGCUUCA